UGUAACAGGGUCCACCCGUCGCACGGCAUUCUGGGAACUUGUCAUCAUGGCCGCCACUCGGAGGUUGCAAAAGGAACUUACUCAAAUGCGCCAGAAUGGUAUAAAGUCAUUCCGAGACAUCCAGGUCGAUGAAUCCAACAUGCUUCUCUGGCAGGGGCUCAUUGUGCCCGACAGCCCACCGUACAACAGGGGUGCGUUUAAGAUCGAGAUAGUCUUCCCCGCAGAGUACCCCUUCAAGCCGCCCAGGAUCACCUUCAAGACGAAAAUCUACCACCCCAACAUAGACGAGAAGGGCCAAGUCUGCCUGCCCAUCAUCAGUGCAGAGAACUGGAAACCUGCCACCAGGACCGACCAAGUUAUCAACGCGCUGGUAGCGCUGGUGAACGACCCCGAGCCGGAACACCCGCUACGGGGCGACCUCGCCGAAGAAUACACGAAAGACAGGAAGAAGUUCUUGAAGAGCGCGGAAGAAUACACAAAAAAACACGGCGAGAAGCGACCCGCGGACCCUUGACGCGCUCCCCCGCUCCAGACUUAACCCCGUUGUCCUGUAGUUGAAAUUGUUCCUAAAGGUGUAGAUGUCAAUCUUAAAGCUAUCCUGUCGGACGUACCUGCAUCACCAGUGUCGUCUUUUCAAUUUCAAUAAUCCUUGCAGAAACGUUGCUCCAUGUUGGUAAAAAAAAGACUUUGUGGAAAGAUUUCUUUUUGGUCCGAAGCGAAACAGGACCUACCCAAACUUUCGAUGGUCGCUGCAGCCCUCCUCAGGGAUACUGACCCAUUGCUGUUGUCAUGUGACCUGGAGGUCAG